UCGACCAAUCAGACGGCGAGUUUGUCUGUGAUCGAUUUGCUCUCAGCGAAUCACAGGCUUUGUUUUGGCUAACUGCUACCAGACCGAAGCUAGGCGGCUGUACUGAAACCCCAAAACUUCCAUCAACAUUAAGCAAGCAGAAACAAAGCGCUGCUGCCACUCCGGAGAACUCUGUCAAAAUGCCUCAGACCAACAAGUCAGUGAGCUGUAGCGGAGCGCAAGGACAGGUAUCGUCUCCAGACCAGGGCGAGCCACCACCACCAUCACCAUCACCACCACAACAGGAAGUGAGGGCCCAGGUGGCCGCUGGAGAUGGUGGAGCAGCUGGAGGAGUAGCCGCAGACAACCAGGGAGACGCAGAGAUCAUCAGUUCACCCAGUGACCCGAAGAAAUACAGAUACAUCGAGCUGAGCAACGGCCUACGAGCGCUCCUCAUUUCCGACUUCAGCGGGGCGGACGGGCAGGGAGACAGCGAAGACGGAGAGGACAACGCAGAGACAGAGGAGGGCGAGGAUGAGGAGGGGGAGGCAAAAGGCGAGGAGGAAGGGGACUCCGGCGAGGGGUCGGACGAGGACGAGGAGGAAGACGAAGAAGAAGAGCAGGACAGCGACUUCGAUGAGCUGGACGAGGAUAGCGCUGGGAGGACGAAGAGAGGGAACUCUGAGAAGCAGGCGGCAGCUGCUCUGUGCAUCAGUGUUGGGAGCUUCAGUGACCCGGACGACCUGCCCGGCCUCGCACACUUCCUGGAGCACAUGGUGUUUAUGGGAAGUGAAAAAUACCCAGCGGAGAACGGCUUUGACGCCUUCCUGAAGAAGCACGGCGGCAGCGACAACGCCUCCACCGACUGCGAGAGAACCAUCUUCCAGUUCGACGUGCAGAGGAAGUAUUUCAGAGAGGCGCUCGACAGGUGGGCUCAGUUCUUCAUCUGUCCUCUGAUGAUAGAAGACGCCAUCGACAGAGAGGUGGAGGCUGUGGACAGCGAGUACCAGUUAGCGAGGCCGUCUGACUCUCAUCGUAAAGAGAUGCUGUUUGGGAGUUUGGCUAAACCCGGACACCCUAUGGGCAAAUUCUGCUGGGGUAACGCUCAGACAUUAAAGCACGAGCCCAGAGAGAAGCAGAUCAACACCUACCAGCGGCUCCGAGACUUCUGGAAGAGAUACUACUCGGCUCACUACAUGACGCUCGCCGUUCAGUCCAAAGAGACUCUGGACACUCUGGAGGAAUGGGUGAGAGAGAUCUUCACCAAAGUUCCCAACAACGGAGAACCUCGAGCCGACUUCUCUCACCUCCUGCGGCCGUUUGAUACACCGGCCUUCAACAAACUCUACAGAGUUGUCCCUGUGAGGAAGGUUCACGCUCUGACCAUCAGCUGGGCCGUACCGCCGCAGGUGAAAUACUACCGAGUGAAGCCUCUUCACUACAUCUCCUGGCUGAUUGGACACGAAGGCACCGGCAGCAUCUUGUCUCUGCUCAGGAAGAAGUGCUGGGCUCUGGCUCUGUUUGGAGGAAACAGUGAGACGGGUUUCGACCAGAACACCACCUACUCCAUCUUCUCCAUCUCCAUCACCCUCACCAACCAGGGCUACCAGAACUUCUACCAGGUCGUACAUUUUGUGUUCCAGUACCUGAAGAUGCUCCAGACUCUCGGCCCGCAGCAGAGGAUCUAUGACGAAAUUCAGAAGAUCGAAGCCAACGAGUUCCACUAUCAGGAGCAGACGGAUCCCAUCGAGUUUGUGGAGAACAUCUGUGAGAACAUGCAGCUGUUUCCCAAAGAGGACUUCCUGACCGGAGACCAGCUCAUGUUUGAGUUUGACCCGCAGGUGAUCAGCGCUGCUCUGUCGCCGCUGACUCCCGACAGAGCAAACCUGCUGCUGCUUUCACCGGAGAACGAAGGGCGCUGUCCACUCAGAGAGAAGUGGUUCGGUACCUGCUACAGCGAGGAGGACAUCCCAGAGGAGUGGAGUCAGCGCUGGACGGGAGACUUUGAACUCAACUCUGAACUCCACCUUCCUGCUGAGAACAGAUUCAUCGCGACGGACUUCGCCCUGAAAGAGUCGGACUGUCCGGACUCCGAGUUUCCCAUCAGGACCGUGAACAACGAGCGCGGCUGUCUGUGGUACAAGAAGGACACCAAGUUUAAGAUCCCCAAAGCUGAUAUUCGUUUCAACCUGAUCUCCCCGAUCAUUCAGAAGAGUCCUGAGAAUCUGGUUCUGUUCGACCUCUUUGUAAACAUCUUGGCCCACAACCUGGCGGAGCCGGCCUACGAGGCCGACGUGGCUCAGCUGGAGUACAAGCUGGUGGCCGGAGAGCACGGACUGGUGAUCCGCCUGAAGGGCUUCAACCACAAACUGCCGCUGCUGUUGAAACUGAUCGUGGAUCAUCUGGCGGACUUCAGCGCCGACCCGGGCGUCUUCAACAUGUUCUCUGAGCAGCUGAAGAAAACCUACUUCAACAUCCUCAUCAAGCCGGAGAGACUCGGCAAAGACGUCCGUCUGCAGAUCCUGGAGCACAGUCGCUGGUCGGUCAUUCAGAAGUACCAGGCCGUCACCAAGGGUCUGACCGUCGACGACCUCGAGGCGUUCGCCACCGGGCUGAAGGCGGAGCUGUACGUUGAGGGGCUGGUGCAGGGAAACUUCACCAGCACGGAGUCCAAAGAGUUUCUGCAGUAUUUCAUCGAUAAGCUGCAGUUCCAGCCUCUGUCAGCAGAGGUCCCCGUGUUGUUCCGGGUGGUGGAGCUGCCUCACAAACAUCAUCUCUGUAAAGUCAAAUCUCUCAACAAAGGAGACGCCAACUCUGAGGUCACCGUCUACUACCAGUCGGGGCUGAAGAACCUCCGAGAACACGCUCUGAUGGAGCUGAUGGUGAUGCACAUGGAGGAGCCGUGCUUCGACUUCCUCAGGACGAAGGAAACCCUCGGGUACCAGGUGUACCCGACCUGCAGGAACACCUCGGGGGUGCUGGGAUUCUCCGUCACCGUCGAAACUCAGGCCACAAAGUUCAGCACCGAGUUUGUGGAGGCGAAGAUCGAGGAGUUUCUGGCGAGCUUCGGCGAGCGUCUGUCGGGUCUGAGCGAGGACGCCUUCAGGACGCAGGUGACGGCUCUCAUCAAGCUGAAGGAGUGCGAGGACGCUCACCUGGGAGAGGAAGUGGACAGGAACUGGUUUGAGGUCGUCACGCAGCAGUACGUCUUCAAGAGGCUCAACAAGGAGAUCGAGGCCCUGAAGCUGUUCUCUCAGGCGGAGCUGGUCUCCUGGUUCCUGGAGCACAGAAACACCAACAGCAGGAAGCUCAGCGUGCAUGUUGUUGGUUUCGGGGUGGAGGAGAACGAUCCACCAGAGCCGAGCGCCGGCUGCGGCCCAGAAAGCCCCGACAACCCUCCCUCCUCAUCCUACGGGGAAGUGAGCGAGCUGACCUUCCUGCCGUCCGCCUCGCAGGACGCCACGCUCAUCACCGACAUCAGAGCGUUCACCUCGUCCCUCCCGCUCCACCCGUACCACAAAAUCCUCAGCUAGGCCGCUCUCGCUCGCUGCAGGCCGACAGGACGGAGCUGAAGACCGCCUCGUAGUUAAAAUUAUAAUAAAGUAACCAUGACAACAGCUAGCAUUGACGUUUGAUCGGAGAGGACACUGUCAGGGCGGGCGGACAUUUCACGGUGUUUGGUGUUGUUAGCCCCCAACGCCGCCUUCCAGGCAGCGCGGCAAUGGUUAUUUUUAGGGUUAAGGUGAGGGUUAGCUGCCUGGAAGGCGACGUUGAGGGCUUAAAACACCAUCGAGCACCUUUCACAUUUUUUUUAGUUCUUUUGUUUAAUGUGAGUUGGUUGUAAAAAUGCUGCAUUCACUUCCCGUGGGGAAAAAAAAUCUAAAUCUGGGCCUGUAUCUUAGAAGCAGCUAAAACAAAAUAUAAAAUAACCACUUUUUUAUGUAGCAUAAAAGCAUGACAAGGACGGGCACAUAAGUAACCGAGCUAUCUACUGUACUUCAGCUAAAAGUAUUCAAUACAGCUCACAUAUUAACUUUAUAACCCAUUGCAAUCAGCUGUAAGUAAACACAGAAUACAUAAAAAAACUUAUAAACUUUUAGGCUUAAUUUAAUAAAUAUCUGUCCAAUCACAUCGCUUAACACUGCCUAUCUCAUCGCUGCUAAAACAUUUAAUUCAUCUCCUCUUUCAAGUACACCUCAUGUUAACUUGUGAGCUGCGAGCAAUGAUAUAUUUCUGUUUAUUAAUUGAAUGCGUUAUGUAUAAAAUAUAGCUCCUUCAACAAGUUAAGCCAGUUGCAUGAAAAAGCAGGUUUUCUUCCAUAACUUCCUGUGAAUUAAUCUGCGUUUAUUUGAGAAGCUGUAAACCCAUAGUCUGCAGAGUCGCACAGCAGAAGCAGCCGUCCUGAUGCGUUCAGGGACAGUACUGAGUGUAGGUUCGCAGAUCCCAAGCACAGUAUUUACUUGUGUAAAAACGGAAGAAAAUAGAACGUGAGAUCGAACGUAGAUUGAAAUUGAUUGAUUAAACCUCCUGUUGUCCUCGGGUCAAAUUUGACCCGUUUACAACAACUUUCUAUAUCAGAACUAUGACAAAAGAUUUUUUUUUUUUUA